UAAGGGAUGUGAAACUAAACCACAACAUGUAUCUGAGGGGGCUGUUUAUUUCUGAUUGGCUGAGGAGAUUUUCUUCCUGGCUCUAGACAUAGCGCCAACGAUAAUGGAACCGCAUUAAAGACACGACACUACAUGUUUCAUGUCGGUAGUUAAAGGAGUGUUUGGUGUUGAGACGGAUGAGGUCGUGUCAGUGAUGGAGGGAGAGUCUUUCGCUCUUCGUACUGGUCUUACAGAGAUACAGAGUGAUGAUGAGAUCGAGUGGCGCUUUGGGUCGAGCAGAACUCGUUUAACCAGAAUAGCGGCGGGAAACAUUACUACAUUCGAUGACAAGAAAUUUAGAGACAGACUGCGACUCGAAAGACAGACUGGAGAUCUCACCGUCACAAAAGUCUCCAAGGAACACAACGGCGUUUAUCAACUGAGCAUUAUUAUCAGGAAUAAGAAGUCGACCAAGAGAUUCACUGUCAAUGUUUAUGCUCCUGUGUCUAUUCCUGUAAUCUUCAGUGAUACUUCACGAUGCGCUUUAUCGCCUGAAAGAACAUCGAGGAUCUUCCUGUGUUCAGUGUUAAAUGUGAGUCAUGUGACUCUCUCCUGGUACAAAGGAAACAGUUUAUUGUCCAGCAUCGGUUUGUCUGACCUCAGCAUCAGUCUCUCUCUACCUCUGGAGGUGAACUAUCAGGAUAAAACCACCUACAGCUGUGUAGUUAACAAUUCUAUCAGCCACCAGACCACACAUCUGGACAUCAGCAAACUCUGUCAAAUACAUUCAGACUGCGGCCUUUGUUUUGACUCUCCCGAAGCUGUGAUCCGAUUAGUCGUCACUGCUUUGAUAAGUGUGGCUGCUGCGGCCGCUGUUGUUGUACUAGUUUAUGACAUCAGAAGGUUCGGAAGAUCACGGACAAUAAAACAGUGA